CCUGUUUUAAGGACAACAGAAUCUAUGUUGGGACCUGACUGGUGAGGCCAGUACGAAAGAAAACAUGAAGGGGAGGAAGGUGGGAAGUUCCAGCGUCAGACUGGGGAACUUAACGUGAACCUGUUUCUACUCACAAACAAGAAGAGCAGAGGGCAACGUGAGAGGAUGAUUUAACAACUGAGAGCAAAAAUGAAGCAGAGGACUGAGCCAUGGCUGGAUUUUACAGGAUGUGGUGCUGUGCAGCUAUCCUGACGCCUCCAAGUGAUCCCUGACUGCAAGAAUCCCAAUGGCGACUGCAAAUGAUGACCCAGACCUGGGCGCUGGCCCAUCAGGGGACUCGGACGUCUUCCUGGAUGAUUCGGACUGUGAGAGUUUACUCUCUGACGACUCUGUAUAUCCCGAUUAUGAAAAUGAGACAAGGUUCUCAAACCCAGCUGAGACGCUGUAUGAGGCCUGUGUAAGGGACGACUCCGUAGCCCUGUGCAGCAUCAUGGAGCGAGGAGUCUCAAAAGAAGAGGCCAUGGAGCUAGACAUCAACGGAAGGAAUGGACUGAUGGUGGCUGUGACGAAGGGUUUUCUAGACAUCGUCACGCUCCUGCACAAAUGUCUGUUAAUAGACAUCAACCACCAGGACAAUGAUGGAAACACUGCCCUCAUGAUCGCUGCACAGGCUGGCUUCAUCAUAAUCCUUAACUACAUCCUUAACUAUUACCAUGGUGUAGACACAGAGGUCCGGGACCCCCGUGGCUUCACGGCCCUCCUCAAGGCAGGCCUGCAGGGCCGAGAGGAGUGCGUGUCCGCCCUGCUGAUGCACGGUGCAGAUGUACAUGCAGUGGACCUGGUUCAAGGCAGGGGUCUUAAAGACUGGGCCCUUAGGACGGGAAGGUUUGAGACUCUGUGCAGGAUCCGACGUCUGCAGGCCCGCUCUGUUGCCAAGCAGUUCUGUGAAAGCUACAAACCUGAGUGGCCUGAGCUGAAGCAGCUGGUAGAAAAGACCUCCGCUCCAAAAUCAGCCAGUCAGAAACUGAGGCAGCGCUUAAAAGAAACUCUUUCUUUCAGCUUCCCACACGACCCCCAAGACAACGGGGUAAUGGACCAUAUGGUUCAAAUAACUACUAGCAUCUACAGCCCCCUGGUUGCUACUGGUUGCCGCCCACUGUGUCCCACAAGUCCCCCAGAGAUUGGCAAGAGACGGUUUGCCAUCCCAGAACUGCUGGAGAAGCACAGCAGCAAGGAGCUGGAGGAGACAUCGGUGUCCCACAGCAACGGCUCCUUCACCUCAGCUUCUCCCACAGUCGUGACAACCACCUCGGUCUCUCUGGCCUCUUGCUGCCAGGCUCCAGAGCGCAGGGAAAGUUUGCCUUCGGGUGGCAUCAGAAACUUCGUCCCUCGCAGCAUGGCACACAGAAACAGCAUAUUCCCCUCAGGCUGCAUUCCCAAGAUCGAAGUAACAAAAUCUGGGGACCCAACACCAAAGAAAGAGAAAAAGAAGAAAAGACAAAAGGGCUACUUGGAGCCUCCUGUUUGGAAGUAUAAGCAGGCCAAAGAAGAGAAAAAGAAAGAAAAGAAAAGGCAGGCAAUGCAAAAAGACCAAGACAAAAAGUCUAAAGGGUCCAAAAAAUCAUCAAGCAAAAGCUGAGUCUGUUGGUGUUCUGCCAGAGAAAACAUCAGUGAUAACUCCAUGCACGCAUUAAAGAAUCAUCUCUGGAGUCAGAUGGAACUGGAGACAAAACCAUUGCA